AUGAUGCUGGACAUACUGCACCGGCACGUCGUCAGGGACAUGGACGGGUUUCCCAGAAUAUCCAAUUGUGAGUAUACCGUUACAACCGUUAUAAUCGAUUCUUUAUCCAAUAAGUUAAGCGUACGAAAAUUGCGUGAACGGUUGGGCUCCGCUAUAAAGGGAGGAUUCGUUUUUGUUUUUGUUGCAUACUUUAAUUUAAAUACUCUGACUUGGAUUAAGUAAAUGUCACUGGUCGACAGCGGAAUGUCUCUGAUUGCAUAUAAAUAAACAAUAAUCGAUUCGUAUCGAAAUUAUUGCACCGCCCGAGCAAACGCGUUGCACCAUAAUAAUAUUAUGAUAAUCGUUACGGGUAUAUCCGAAUUGGUUCCCGUUUAAAUUUGUCACGUAUCCGCAUUACUGCAUGUCGAAUUUUCGGUUCCCGAAUUGUCGCAGUGAAAUAUAUAAUACAGUCAAAUACGCACAUUUUCCUCCUCGUUCUUACUGCUGCAGGCUUAGGACUGUUAAUUUGAAAUUUAUUACUUAAGUUUUUGCCACUAAAAAAAAUAAAAAACAUUUUUCUGUAUUUUAUAUUCGGUAUACAAUACAGGAUCCACACGGAUAACGUUGUAUUUUCGUCGAUUGCGGUAUUUUGGCAAUACGCCGAUAUAACUGAAUUCGUUUAUUUUUUACCUUGAUAACUGUAAAAUACCGUAGUAUAUGAUGAAAAAAGUUAGAUAAAAGUUUAAAAUGGCCUGCAUUAUAUACCUACAAUAAUUAUUGUGUUUACUGUAUAAAUUUAAAUGUUAAACGGGAAUUUUCAUAUAACUAUUAAACUCAUUAAAAAGUCCCAAGGGGGGGCUGUGGUAGGCACCCCCCCCCCAUGUGUACGCCACUGCAAACGAUUAGGUACAGAUGUUAUUAAGUAAAUAAUAUACAGGUUGAUUCUAUUACAGCGAUCCAGCGAUUUUCAUCUAAAAUUGUAAAUUCCUAAGUAAAUUUGAUUUCAAGUUUUUUAAUCAGUAAAGGUAUACGGAGUUGUUUAAGCUUUUUGUUUUCACAGCAUUUUAAAAUUACAACACUAUCAACUCCUAUAAUACAAAAAAGAAGUUUAGUUCUCUAGAAAUGUCGAAUUACAAUAUUGAAUUUACCGUUUCAACAAAAGACGUAUGAAAGGGUGAUAAAUUGAUGACAAAAAUGGUAUAAUGGAUCGCGAUGAAAAAUCACCAAAACAUGUAUUCCUAUCUAGGCACGUAUACAUAGAGGGGUACAGUGGUUUUAACCCCUAUCUCUCAACGUUUGUAAAAACCACCAUUCUAUGGUUAGUUUAGUUCUAUAUAGUUCAAAAUGUUUAAUAUUUUUACUUAAGAACCUUAGUCCCUCCGCUCGCCACCCGAAAAUUGUUCGGUGCACACGUUUGCUGCUGUUCUAUGCUUAAAAUAAAAUACGACCGCUAAAUAUAAUAUGCAAUAUUUAAGACGCCACUAAAUCAAAACGACAGUAGUUAUACGAAUUAUGAUGUGCAGUGGUAAUAUGUGUAUUGUAGCGUUGUUUGAGUUAUUAAUAUAAUAAUGAGUUUCAAAUAGAAUACGUAUUAUCAUAAUAUAAAUAAAUAUCGUCGACUUAUCAUUAUUUAUUUGCUAUUGCCAUUCGUCACUUUCUAUACCAUUACAUAGACACUUAUUGCUCGCCUUUACGUUCGCAAUCAAUUCUAUGUAAUGGAUCGGCUACUUUAUGUAAAUAGGUAGUCCAGAUAUUACGUAGGAAUAUUAGGCACAUACUUAAUUUUGUAGAUGUCUGGCUGUUACACCCUACCUUCAAUCAUGUUUAUGAUAUAAUAUUUUUAUCAGUAGCAUCCUAUAUAAUAUAAGAAUUGUAUAUAUUAUAAGAAAAAAUGUUGACGAUUUUGCCGUCUAAAUAGCCUGAAAUCGAAAAAUUGAUAAAAAUAAUACGCCGUGCAAACAAAAUCUUUUAUAUUAUAAUAUUACCAAAAUAUUUGCACGGCAUUAGUCAAAAUUUGUUAUACAUAUAAUACAGUGAUUUUUUUUUUUUUUUUUAUCAAAAAACACUCAUUAUUUUAAAAAGCAUUGACUUUUUUUAAAAACUUUUUUUUUGGAAAACUUAAAAAAUAAAUAGUUCUAAAAUGUUUUAUCAUUUUUUUUUUUUUUUUUGUACCCAUUAUUUUUGGAAGUGAAAUGACUGUCCACUUUUGAUUUUCAAAUUAUUUUUUGCACAAUUCCGUGGGAUGAUUAUAAUCCGUUUAUAAUCAUUUGUAAUCGAACUACAUAAUAUAUACUGUUAGAACUGAUAAUAUUUUCAGUAGCGUAUAAUGUAUACGAAUAUCUAAUGCACAAAGUCAGCGAUACAGGUAUUGGCAUGGCUAAAUAUACACGGGAAUGAUGACGACUUGACGUAUUUCGGCGUUAAACCGCGCGUUUGUGUGCGCUGUUUGCGCCAGUUUAAAUAUCGGAUAAUUCCACCAAUAGAAAACUAAACCGUUAACGGUUUUUACAGCCGGUUUUCUGUGUAAGUUACACAUGACUGAUAAAAAAAAAAUCUGCCAGCGACGGCCAUAAUGCCGAAAAUCCAAUAUAGUACUAAUAUUUACGCGCGUAAAUUUUUAAAUAAAUACACUUAGCUAUGAACAUUAGGCAGACACACCCGCGAAUAUUGUGUUUGGAUUCAUACGAAUACUUUAGCUCCGCAAAAUGUCAUUAUAACGGUCUACAAAACACUGUAAUAACUAGUUAGUGGCGGAUUUAUGGGUAUAGGUGAAAGGGGCGAUUUUAAAGAUGACAGAAUUUAAACGGUUGAGGUAAGGAAACCCCUUAAUCCGGGCCUGACUGUGCCUAGUGUUAGUGUUAGUAAACUAUAAUAUUAUCAGAUAUUACCAGUAUUUCAGUUUUGUUCUUGCAUCUCGUAUAAUUAUAUUUCCGUACACUUUCAUAAAUUUACAUACAUUCGUUAUACUCAGUAAUCAUUGUAAUGUGCUCAAUUAUCAGGUACUAAUCAGUAAUUGUUUUCCGGAUUCUAUAUGAAUACGAUAUUGUUAAAUAACAAUUAUCUGUUAGUAUAGAUGUGCGAAUAUGUAAAAGCUUAUAGAUGCGCAACAAGUAAUUAAGCCCUUCACUAAUAUUGUACAAACACCGUAUAUGUAUGGCUAUUUAGAAAACAAAGGACCAACUGGGUGUUUUAGUCCUUUGGUAUAGAAGCCGCGGUACAUUACAAACCCGUGCAAUGUUCAUUACACAAACGUGUAAUGGUGUAAUAAUGUAAUGGUAUAUUUUUACUCAAGUCCGGAUACAUAGGUAUAUAUCAGAAAAAAAACUGUGAUUAAUAUGCUUUUUAAAAAACUACAUUAGGCUCUACUUUUUUUUUUUACGAUGAAAAUCAAAAAAUGAUUUUCUUACAUCGUUGCGCUCACCGGAUUCAAUUUUCCUUCGGAAAAAAAUGCUGCUCUUAAAAUUCAGAUCGAGUUUUCUGAAUUCCUUAAAGUUUCGAGCAACGAAAGACCAUUGCUAACGAAAAACGAUUUUGACUUUCUGAAAGAAGUUCGUUUGUACAUUGUUUGACAGACCGUAAUAUUUACGAUUUUCAUCAAAAUUCGAUCUUAAAACCAAUAUUACCACGUCAAUAAAAGUCAAACAUAAGUUUUUUUUGUCAAAAUUACAAGUCCCUACAAAUAUUUUUAACCGAAUAACAAUAAAAAAAAAAAAAAAAAUUGAAAAUAAUGAAACCAGUAUAUUUUUUCGUUAUCUUUCCCGUUCUUUCUACGUUUUUUGUCCCUAUUUCGCUCAAUUAUUAAGAAAACUACACAGAGAAUCUUAUAAAAUAACUUUCUGAUUCACUGACUAGAUUCUAAAUGCAAUAAAAAAGUUUUCUUGGCAUUUUUCUCUUGGAGCAAUAUUUCUGUUUGAAAACAUUAUGGGUAUACAAAUAUUGAUUACUAUGAAAUCGGCAACGCCGCGGUGCGCUGUAAAUACUUACCGUUUUUCCUAUAAUUUUUUUUUUCGGUUUUACCUAAUUAUUUUUAAAACCCCUUGGAUAAUCAAAAUAUUACUUUUUUAACGCGCCGACUAGAUCUUAAAUGUAACUACAUCUCUUGUUUUUCGAUCGGAACGAGUUUUCCGUUCGAAAAGUUGAUUACAGAUUGACAAAAAAAAAAAAAAUACAUAAUAUACCCAUUACAGUAUAACGAAUCUAGAUCCCUAGCUUUCUCCCAAAUUAAAAAUCUACAUUUAAAUCUAUAGUAUACGAUGUGAACGGGUAUGUCUUACGAGUAAAAAAACAACGCGCGUCCGGAUAAAACUAAAAGCUUAUAUUGUUCACUGCCGCGCUGCACACACGGGAUCUGAAAUAUUUCAUUUAACCCUUGUGAAAUCUAUUUAAACUUUCAAUGCAAUAAAAACAAAAACAAAACAAAACAACGAAAAAUGUCUCGAUCCCUACCAGUUUAAAUAUAUACCUGUUCUAUAUUUACAAUAAUUUACGCGCGUCAUACGCGUACGCUUGUACCAGGGCGACCGUUCCGGUCAUACAUAACGAUAUUGUUUCGCGAGAACGAUUAUUAUCGCGUAUUAAAAUAGUUCGGUCGGCUAUUUGUAGCGUCGUUCGAUCUCGAAUGUCCCGCGUGAAUUCGCUCCGACCGCGGGAACACGGCGGAAGGUCUGCCAGAAUACGAAAAUAUAUUCUCGCGCGUGUGUAUUGUACAAACUCAUGUGCAUCAUGUUAUAUAGAUGCAUGCAUGUGCAGUGGCGGUUACCGGACUUUUUUUUCUAGGAACGGGCGGGUGGAGGUGGCGAGAGAUUCCUUUGAUAUCAACUUACAAUGUAUUCAACAUACAACAAAUAUUCGCCCCUCAAUAUCGUUACGGGUUUAUCGGAGUCGACUUUCGUAUUAUUUUUUUCACGUAUCUACGCGAACGCGCCUACGCGUUUCGUUCAACAAUACAUUGCGAUAUUAAUUUAGACAUUAUAACGCGAAAUCUACGUUUCAUAGACUAAACUCGGAAAACCGCCAUUGCACAUAGGCGUAUAAAAUGGUGGGAUUUUUUUUUUUCUUUCUUUCUUUCUUGGUUUUUGCUGCAGUUUUGCAGCAAACUCUGUUUUCUUUUUCCGUACGUUUAACGAGAAAGUGUCCGUCUGUUUAUCUGUACUAAUGAACGAGCCGGACCACUGAAGGGUGCAGGUCGGCACAGAAUUUUUGGUAUUUCGGAACGGAAAUAGAAUUUUAAUUUUUUUAAGGGUUACCUUUAGUUGUUUGCUCAGUUUGAUUAAUCGAAAAACCGACGGCAUUACGGAAAACUGCAUUUCGAUAAAAUUUGAACAAUAUAUUACAUGUUUACACAGUCUCCGACGGCGAUGUCCGUAAUCAUAAUAUCAUUGCCGCCAUACAAAAAGUACAAUUAUUAUAUGGCCAGAUACAUAGCCGGAACUACGGGGCGUGUUGGGUUAGGUCUCAAAAGUGAUUUCUGUCAAUGAGAAGGAUAAAUACAAUUUCGGUUUAUUUUAAUAUUAUUAUAACAGCUAAAGGCUAAAAACGAAUUUUCUAAAAUAUUGACAUUUUUAAUGAAAAAUAAUAAAUUAUCCUAUACAGUUGAAAGUAUUUAAACUCCUUUGUCAUACGAGUAAUAAAGUGUACAACCUUAACACCUCCCCCCCUCCCCGAAAUUUAUAGUAUUUAAGUUUUAUAGUAUCGUCCGACGCGUGAUACGCGCCACACGUAUAAUGUCAUUACCGGGGCUCGUGACUUGCGGCAUUUGGAUACUUGUUUUUAAAAGUCCUAGUGAUACCUAAGUAAGUCACAGAUUUGUUUCGGGUAACCAGGAAGUCAACUGCAACAUUAUUCGUUGCAAAUUUUGAAAUUUCGACGCUAUUUUACUGUUUUGAUGUUUUCAGCGGUAUUUGACGUUUAUAUCGUCGUUUCAAAGAAGAAAAGCGCUUAUUUUUUUUUUAUUUUUUUUUUUUGCAUAUUUAAACGCUUGUAUGAACGUUUUUUAGAGCAUAUCGUUGCGUUCGUAACGACUUUUUUUUUUAGAGCUACCGCCCGCGCGCCCUGAUCAGUUACAAUAUUCGGCGGCGAUAUAUUAUUACAUUGUUUUGUUGCCAGCAGACGGCGAUUGCGGCGACGGCCCGUCCAGUUGCGAGGGCUGCGGAAUGAAGAUCGUGGACAGGUUCUUGAUGCGUGUGGGUUCGAGCAGCUGGCACGAACAGUGCGUCACGUGUUCCGCGUGCGGCGUCCCGCUGUCCAAGUCGUGCUACUACCGUCACAACGGGUUGUACUGCAAAAACGACUACGACAGGUACGACCUGACAGUAUGCCUACAAUGAAGGUGCCCACCGGCCGUACGGCCGCUUUUCAGCACAGACGCGAUAUUAUUAGUUGGCGCGCCGCGUAAUACAACAAUGCGGACGGCAAUAGCUCUCCUGCCGUCGCCCGUCUCCGGACACGCGGCACCGACCGAAACGUCGACCAACCCGACCUUGUAAAUCGUGAUGAGCGGCGCGCGCGUGCAGGCUUAUUGGUACAUUCGCGUGCACGUACCGGCCGUACGGCGGGCACGGCGACACGAUCGAAAUAGUUCAAGCACUCCGCCGCAGUACGCCCGUAUCCGAGCACGCGUACAUUUACGUGUGCUGUAUGCGAGUUCGGCGUAUUAUCGGUGUGGGCGGGUGGGUGGGGGGGAGGGGGAGGGGAAGAGGGAGUGAGGCGAUUCGGACCGUAAGAAACGCGGUUUGUCCACGCCGGCGGUACUUAUUCGUUUGUAAACGUGUUUCUUGGUUUCCGGAAGUUUUUCUAUAAACCGGAAAACAAAUGCCGGGGAUUCGUCAUCGGUGUUGGACGAUAUUAUAAUUAUUACGCUGUGCCGCGUAGAAUUUCGACAUUUUUAAAAAAUCGACGCAACGGCAAACAUCCGGAAACCGGAUUUUUAAAUCCCUUCGAUUUAACGUUUGAAUUUUUCACUUUUGGCAUUUUUUUCACGACGCUUUUUGACAAACCGGUCACUGCCUUAGACGCUCCUCGGACUUUUAAAACGAUAUUUCAAAAAUGUAUACAUUUCCCGUUCGUUACAGUAAAUUAUUAAAUAUGCGCGCGACAAAAAUGUAUAAGAAAGCUCAGAAAUACGUUUCGACAUCGUGAAACAUCCGCUAAACAUAUUCAAUGUUUUGGAGCAGUGUUUCUCAACCGGGAAACCAAUUCUUUGGGGGGGGAGGGGUCACCAACUCGAAUUUAGGGUCGCCAAAAAUGUAAAAUAUCGGAUCGUCCUGUAUAUAAUGUGUAUUUAGGGUUCGCUAAAAAAUGUAAUAUCCAUUUAGGGUAGUGUUUCCCAAACUGGAAUGGGGCGUGAACAUAUGGCUGAGGAGGUGCAAGCACUCGUCACGAAGUCGAAUUUGUAUUUAUUAAAUUAUUUUUAUUUUAUAAUGUAGGGAAAAAACGAAAAACUAAUAACGACCGGUUAUCGGGUAUUGAUAAAGAUUACGAGCAAGGCUGUAUUUGGUAGGGGCAAUUGGGGGUAGUUGUCCGGACGGCUUUAAUUCGUUUGAUAGAGACACGAAUUUAUACGAAUAUUAUGGUAUAGUUUUUGCGAGGACUUUUUUUUUUUUUUUACUCAUUUUUACUCAUGGGGAAACCACUGAUGCAAUAGGUGGUGACAGUAAAAUGGUUGAGAAACACUGUUUUAUUUAGAGGACGUAAUAAAGACACUGAUAAAAUCGUCGUUAAAAAUUAUAAUAUUAAACCGUGUAGCAUAAAUUAUAUUCUGAGUGCCGAAGAACGUACAAGGUAUACAUUUCAACGAUACGGACGGCCUUCUCUCGCGCGAUAUCUCCCCGUCGUCAAAUACCGUCGGAUAAAAUGGCCGCGACCCGUCCGACUCCGCAUAGAUAAUAAAAACACGCGGAUAGGCUGUUUAUACCUUAUCAGUGUUUCAAGAGGGGAACGUACAGUCAUACUCCGCGAGUUUCCGAAAGUGAGGCGUUUUAUCAUAAUAUAAAGUGAUGAACGAUAAAUCGCCUCAGUUUACCGCCCCUGCUCCGGGAACAUCGCCUCGCUUACAAUUACAGUGUUAUAGGAGUGGCCUAUCUUUCUUACCUUCCAUCUUACCUUUAUUUAUUAUCUGUGUUCGACUCAUGACGUAUGCGAAAGUAUCACGCCGGUAUAUUAAUCGCGUUGUUUGCGCGUUGCGCGUGUGCAGACUUUUCGGCGUCAAGUGCGGCCGUUGCGGCGAACCGUUGGGCGCCAGGGAGCUGGUGAUGCGCGCCGGGCCCAGUCACGUCUAUCAUGUGGGAUGUUUCGCGUGCGUGGCUUGCAUGCAACCGUUGCAGAAAGGCCAGCAGUACGUGGUCAAAGCCGGCGGCGGACAACUUUUCUGCCGCACCGAUUUCGAAAAAGAAAUAUUUCUAAUGCAACAGACCGUCGGCAGUCCUCAACCGGGUAAGUAAAAAAAAAAUAAUGGUUAUUACUUAUUAUCGUAAUAAUACUAUCACCUAUUUUUUUUUUUUUUAUUUUUUUACAAUCCAAUGAUUGAUUAAACGAUUGUUGACGUUUCCUCUGUCAUCUAUAUUUAUUUUUAGUUCUCUAUAUGCGUAGUUCUUAUUAUCCUGUGUCUUCCAUCACUGGUUUCGUGAAAGGUGUUGUUCUAGGCCUUUCCCUUCCCGGUUCGCCUUUAAUUUUUCCCAAUAUUAUCGUAGUUAUCCAAGGACCAUUCCUUAAUUAGAUUUCCAAUCCAUAUUUUUCUCCGCAGCCUCAGUGUAUUCCAUAUUAUUAUUAUCACCUAUGCACAGUACAAUUAUACGUGUGGAUUUAAAAGGAAAAAAAUUAAUCUGGACAUAUACUGCACGCUACGGGUGUACCGCUGUCUUAUUAUCGGCGGGAGGGAAUAGUCGGUGACAGAUCGACUAGAGAAAUUUUGUUGAUUACAGUUGAUCUCCAGUCGAGGGACCAGAGAUAUGUUUGGUCACAUUAUCUGUUAGGGUUAAAUGAUAAAUAUACCUUCACUUUAUACAUGCAAAAUAAUUAUAGUAUAGUAAAAUGAUUGUUGUAAAUUUGAUUUUGUUUUCUCUUCCAGACGACGGUCUAACUUUGGACGAGAACUGUAGGCCCCGUGAUGGUCGUCGAGGACCGAAACGACCCAGAACUAUUUUGACUUCGGUACAACGGCGGCAGUUCAAAGCUUCGUUUGAAGUCAGCCCGAAACCUUGCAGAAAGGUAUGUGCUGGUCGUAUAUUACUCGUAUUUAUUUAACCUAACCUACCUAUCUAGUAUCUGUACAAUCCACAACUAUAGUACGAAUCCCUAUUUUUCUUCUUUCCCAUUGGCGCUUUUCCAGGUUUAUGCGAGGUCCGUUUUUCGGAUCUUGGUUCUCCAUGCUAGUUCUAUACUUAUCGCAUCUGUGGAAUGUUAUCCAUGUUUUUCAUAUCUUCAAGCGUCACUUAGUUUAUCCGUCUUUUCUUUGAUCUUCCACGAUCCACGUUCCCCGUUACUUGUCAUUCUUGGUUAUGUAGUUAUCCCAUUCCCUGGAUACGUAUUACGUGUCCAAGCCAUCUUAAUCUAGCUCCGGUUAUUUUCUCCCUUUUAUAUAUUCAUUUCUUAUCCGAUCCAUCCUUGUAACACCAAACAUUCAUCAUGGCUUUUCGUCUUGUUUACAUUUAUUUUGCUGCGCCCACUUAUUGUUUACCCUGUACUAUGCUCCAUACAUUAAAGCUGUGAUUGUGAUUGUUUUAUACAAUUUUCUCUUAAAUCUUAUUGAAACUGGAUUGACGUAUAUUAUUCCUACACCUUUCCUCCAGACCUGCUGGGCAGCAUUGAUUUUCUUCGUCAUUUCUGUUUUUAUAUCUCUGUUGUUCUGAAUAGUCGCUUCCACAGUAUUUCAACCUGUUUGCCCGAUUUACCUUUUUCGUCAUCUGUCCAUAACCGAGCCUCACAUGGAGCUGGCGAAACGUACACUCAGUUCGCGUGUAUAAAUUCGGGAUUUACGAAUACCCAUUAUAUAUUAUAACAGUGCAGUGUGUAUAUACUAACUACUUACCUACUAUAUUUUAUGUACGUAAUUUGAACGUAGGUGCGAGAAGCGCUCGCCAAGGACACGGGUCUAAGCGUACGAGUGGUACAAGUGUGGUUUCAGAAUCAGAGGGCGAAAAUGAAGAAAAUCCAAAGGAAGAGCAAACAGGACGAUAAGAACACCAACAACAACAUCGCCAAUAACACGGACAAAAACGAAACGGAGCACGCGACGAAUACCACGUCCAGCGUGUGUUCUGGAGGUUAGUAUCUGGGCGUAAUUUGUUUAUAUUAUUGCGGAUUCGAAAUAUUGAAAAUACGCAAAAUUAAUACAUUGUAGAUGCUCGCGUUAAAUACGAUCGUCGUAACGGUCGCGAGCCGUUAGAUUCGAACCGAAUCGCGUUCAAACACGAUUCGAAAGUAGUGUUUUUUUUAUGAAAUCGACGUAAAUAAAAUCGGUCUACGGGCACUAUUUUUUUAAAAAAAAAAAAAAAAAAAACAAUACCGAGCGUUUGUGUUACGUGUUAAACAACAUGUCUCUGAUUAAUAUAGCCGUGUUCGUCAGCAUAACGGAUUCCCGACGCAAAACCUACUACAGUAUUAUUACUACGUAUUUCGAACAGCGAGGGUUGGGUUAGGUUAUUGAUCCGCGACUGUAUAUAAUACUCGCCCUUAUUGUUAUCAUUUAUCAUUAACAAUUGUUAUUGCGAACAGAUCAUUAUCUGAGUCUGAGCACGUUGAGCAUGCACGACAGCAGCGAUUCGAACUACCAAAACAGUCAACCGCUUAACCCCAACAUACCGUACUCGCCCGAAGGUAAGCAGAAAAAAAAAAAAAAACAAUACCGAGCGUUUGUGUUACGUGUUAAACAACAUGUUUGGUAGGUACGUACACGGGCGACCACUCGGUGGACAGUUUCUGCAGUUCGGACGUGUCGCUGGACGGCAGCACGACGGCGGCCGACGAGAUCGGCUCGGACACCAUGUCGCUGGACCUGUCCGUUCACGGAACCCACCACCACACUACGCAGCAGCAGCAGCAACAACAGCAGCAGCACCAUCACCAUCACCAUCAUCAUCACGUGAGCGGCGCGGCGUCCGUGGUCCCGGGUCAACAGAUCAACCCGAUCGACAAACUGUACCUGAUGCAAAACUCGUACUUCAACAGCAACGGCGAUCGUUAGAGCGAAACCCCGUACGAACGUCGGCUUCGUAUAACGUCAAAUCGAUAAUAUUGUAUUCGUCGCGCCGCCAUGAUGUGUUCGCGACGGCCGUCCCUGUCCCGCGGCGUACCGCCGGGUAACGACUCGUUUCAAGGGCACCCGGAGGCGAAAAUCCCUAGGGGGAACAACAACCCCGUUUUCGAUUAAAAAUGUAUUCAAUCCGCGACUCGUUAUAUAGAAAACAAUAGGUAUACGCAGGAAACAAUUUCGAUUUUAUCCGGGGAGGAGGGGGAGAAAUUCGUAUUGCAAGUAUUCGCCGAACGAAAUCGCAAACAAUGCUGAAAAUACAAAGUAUGGAUUAUUAUGGACAAUGGCGAAGCCAACCUGUAGAACAGCCCGGAAACGAUAAUUACGCUGUAGUGGCGCCCAUAUUAUAAUGUAGCCGCAGUUGUUACACGUCGUAUUUCGGAUGGGUGCGGGUGUUCCCCGGGUAACUGGAACUCGGAAUGGUCGGGUAAUACGAGUAUAAACGUGCGAGGCAUUAGAUCGUAUAUGGGUUCGGAAGUUCGAAAGGUUCGAAAAUAUACAUUUAUAUGAGUCGAAGUCAGUGGCGUGUCCAGGAAUUACCUACAGAAAGGGGCGUAGCAACUAAGAAUCGCGAUUAAACCGUGAAUUCGUCUCCACUACCCAACUCGACAUUGGGAAUUGGUAAUUUGAAAGCGGGGUCUUAAAAAAAAAAAAAAAAAAAUGCCGAUUUCUAAUCAAUACGUCAAUUUUUUUCUCGUAACUUGGCUGAAAUAUAUGCAUUUCGACAUUAGAUUACUCAUACUGUUCUCUAUUUGUAAUCCAAUGAGGGAGGAGAUAUAACCCCUAACCUCCCCCCCCCCUUGCGCACGCUACUGACUCAAAGUUUUAGAGGCGAGUGGUGGUUUUGAAUUUCAAAUUUUGCUACACCAUAUAAAAAAAAUAGUUUGUGCGCCACCGCCACUUACCCGAAGUGCUCAUCGCGCGUCAACGUUUCCAAAUAUUCCCAAUAUGUCCCGACUAUUUUUUUACUAGAUUAGUAUAAUAGUAAAACGAGUUCUAUAAUAUUUAUAGUUUUUUCGAAUCGAGCAACACGCAUUAAAAAAAAAAAUUCAAAAAACAAUCGCUUUGAAAAUGACCGUGUUCGUUUCGCCACUGAUAUUAUUUGGCAUAUGAUUUGAUUUUUUUUUUUUUGAGCUUGUGGAUAUUAAAAAUCUACAGAGUCGUUUACGAUCCGCGCUGCCUUCCCCUGCGGGCGCCCUUGCCUCGUCUCGCCCCGUAAUUCGAAAACCGUUAAAUCGAUCGCUGUUCGUAUUAUAAAUAAUAAUAAUUGAUAACACUUCUAUUCUCGCUGUAUCUAACCCGGGACUCUGUAUUCACGCGUGCAGAUCUAUUAAAAUAACUGUAGUUGUGUUUUUUUCUUUGCCGAGAUAGGAGGGAGUCGUUUGUUUUUUUUUUUUUUUUAACGAAUGGGACGACCGAAACGCAUUUUGAAAUGACCCGACUUUUAAUAAUUGUUUUAUUCAAAUAUAUAUAUAUAUAAAUAUAUUAUUAUUAUUAUUUUCUAUUAUUAGUAUCAAAAUCGUAUUACGUGGUUCUAUUGGAACGUGUUAUAAAUAUUAUAAUAUUAUUAUAUGUUAGUUUUUUUUUUUUUUGUCACGCUAAUUAUACACCGAUUUUAUUUCAUCCGAUUCGAGUGCGGGACCCCGACAGACGGAGAUUAAGGGGGCUAGGUGCGGCUUAUUAAUCCCCCCACCGCCACAAAAAGAAAAUCAUCUAAAGUACCCCUAUACAGUUUUGUACUCCAUUAUAGUAGGUCGGUCUUUAUAAAUUAUAACACGAUGUUCGUAAUAAUACGAACAUCGUGUUACUAACCUCUCUUCCCCUACUGAAAAUAAAAGUACCGAAACUCCGCCUGACGGUAUCCCGCGAUUAUGUCAGACGCGUGAACCGAAAAAAACCAUUGACAAGUGAUAUCACUUGUCACGAAAACGGAUCACAGCUAACAGUAUAAUAAGUCUAGAGACCGGAUUUAUAUGUUCUUAAAAUCUACAAAAAAGCUGCACUUGAAAACGUCAAAAAACCAUGGAAAAAAUACAUAAAAACGCAAAAAAAAAUAAUAGCGGAGUUUAAUAGCCUUCCUUCGCCUCUAACGGAUUUAAUUUUUAAACACAAUUUUCCAACACUACAAAAAUGAUUAAUAAAAAGUAAUUUUUUUUUCUUUUAUAAUACGUACGAUUUCAUUUAAAAGAAAUUAUUUUGUAUAAAUCAAUUUUAUAUUGUUACAAAAUUUAAUUUAAUAAUAAGUUGGUGGCCAUUAGUGGGGGGAGAGGGACUUUUAAACUCCUCCGUCGUUUUUGCUCUUAUAAAUGUUUGUAAAUGCUUUUUUUGGAGAUUUUUCUUUUUGAUGUUUCAACGCGCCUUGUUGUGGAUUACAAGAUAAUAAAAAUCCGGUCUCUCGACUAAUAACAUAAUAAUAUAGUGCCUAUAUAAAAUUACAAUGUUCUCAUUUGAAUGAAUUUUGUCCCAAACGAUAUUAUAAUUUUUUUUCUCCAUUAUAUGUAUGUGUACAUUGUACGUUUGUCACUUUGUAAAGUUUUAGUACUGCACGGAAAAAAUAUAAUAUAUAUAUAUAUAUAUAUAUAUAUAUAUAUAGUGUAUUACGAUGUGAAUAUGUAUAGGUACGCGGCUUAAAUAUACAAAUGUAAGC